AUGACAACAGGAAAUUUUACAAUCGAAGAUUUAGCAAAGAAUCUAAUUCAUAAACUUGAUCGUGGUAAUAUAUUCCCACCGUAUUAUGACGACCCAGAAAUUUUUAUUGCAAAGCUUUUAGCUACAACCACUUCUUAUCCCACCAUCAAAUGA